AUGCAUCUAGCCUCCCUCGUCCUUUUGGGGCUUGCAUGCCUUUCUACCGCAUAUAAAUAUUGCCCACCCUUGGGUCCGGCGUUCCCGGCCCCAAAGGAUAUCUCCAAAGACCCUGCAUUCCUCGCCGCGACAAAGAAUAUCAACGACGCACUGAACCCUGUCAUUGAAUGCAAUACACCCAUGAACUCAUUCUUCAAUCCAGAAAAUACUUCGGUGGCUUUACAGAUCUUCUCUGCCGAUGAACCCGCGCCCUUAUUCGAAUCAUACUACACUUCUACCGCUGCCCGCAAUGCCAGUCUUGGGGUCAACAGGGUCGAUGGAAACACUGUCUUCCGAAUAGGCAGUGUAUCCAAGCUCUGGACUGUGUUACUUCUUAUGAUAGAGACGGGUAAUGUUGUCUUUUCUGAGCCUGUGGUAAAAUACAUCCCAGAGCUAAAGGAUGCGAUGAAUGAAAUUCAUGAGAAUGCCAUCCAGGAGCUGAACACAGUGGACCAUGUGCGCUGGGGAGAGGUUACCAUCGGGGAGUUGGCUAGCCACUUAUCUGGAAUCUCCAGACACUAUGGCUUUGGCGACUAUGCCCUGCAGCUCAAGGAGCCCGAGGUUGCCGGACUGCCCAAGUUUACUGAGAAAGAACUACCUCCGUGCGGUGCCACACCUGUCUGUGACAGAGAUGAUUUCUUCAAAGGCCUGCUCAAGAAACAUCCGGUUGUGGCGACCGGAGCGACCCCCAUCUACUCCAACGCAGCGUUCCGGAUUUUGGGCUACGCACUAGAGAAGAUGACCAAUACCAGCUAUGAAAAUCUUCUUACGAGGCAUCUGAUCAAGCCUUUGAACCUAACACACUCGAGCUGCAGUGCACCAGAUGCCAAGCAUGGACUCAUCCCGGGAGACACAAUGACCAGCUUCUGGGGUGUCAACGCUGGCGAAGAUACUCCUGCUGGAGGCCUAUUCUCCUCAACAAACGACUUCUCCGCCGUCGGCCGCGCCAUUCUCAACAACACCCUACUCUCUCCCGCCCUCACUAGACGUUGGUUCAAGCCCGUCUCCCAUACCUCCUCCCUAUCCUACGCUGUCGGUUCACCCUGGGAGAUUUUCUCCUUCCCGAACGCUCGCGUCGUGGACCUAUAUACGAAAUCCGGCGAUAUGGGUGCCUAUUCCUCCGUGAUCGCUCUCUCCCCGGACCACGGCGUCGGCUUCAGUAUCCUCGUCGCAGGUGGAAGGACCCACGAAGUAGUUUCCUACCUGUCUGACUACGUCGCAACCGCCAUCCUGCCGACGCUAGACCAAAUUGCCCAACGCGCUGCAGACAAGCGCUUCAGCGGCACCUACGUCGUCAGAGACACCAAUUCCACGAUAACAAUAAGCACAGACGACGGUCUGGGAUUAAAAGUCACGAACUGGACGAAAGGAAACAUCCCGAUUUUUGAGGUAUUGAGCAAAUUCUCCGGAGCCGAGAGUCCCGCAGACCUCAGCGUGCGGUUGUAUCCUACCGGUCUGGAGACGGAGUCGCGGGUCUCGUUCCGUGCUGUUAUUAAGGACAUGGCCAAGCAAUCACCUGGUAUUGGACCUUUUACGAGCUCGUGCUUCACGUGGUUGACUGUGGAUGGGAUGCAGUUUAAUGGAGUUGGAAUGGACGAGUUUGUAUUUGAUGUUGAUGAGAAGGGAAGAGCGGUUAGGGUGUCACCGAGGGCGUGGCAGUAUGUGCUUGAGCGGGCAGAGUGA